UGAUCCACCUGCCUCGGCCUCCCAAAGUGCUGGGAUUACAGGUGUAAGCCACCACAGCUGGCCAAAAAGUGCAUUUCUUAUAGACAGCACAAAGUUUGCUGGGUGGAGAAGCACAGAAGCUGCAUGGGAUCCCCCGUUUACCAACAUAUCCUGUACUCUAGGCAAACAGCCAGUGUGAUUAAGAGUUCAGGUGACAGGCCCAGCCUGCAUGAGUUUCUUUCACUCUUGAGCUAUUUGCUAGUUGAGUAAUUUUGGACAAAUUAAUCUGUCUGUCUCAGCAUACUUAUUUAUACAAAGAGGACAUUUAGUAGCACAGAGUUCAUGGAGUUAUUACAAAAUAAUGAGGAAGGCAGUAAAAAGUGCUUAGCAUAGUAUCCGGCCCUUCAGUGCUUACAAAAGCUCUAACUUUUCGGGGGUGCCCAGCACUGUGCUGCUGAUUAUAAAUUUCACACACCUUUGCACUUUGCCCUUUUUCCUGAUCAUGAUUUUGUAAACUGUCUCUGGAUUUGUCUUUUUAAGGUAGAGCUAAGAUGCUGUACCUGACACUUUUUAGCGCUUAGCCAAGACCCUGCUUCUGGCUCUAACAGAUCUACGCAGGUUGGGGUCACUCUACUGGUGCUCCCUCUGCCUUUCCCGCAGUCCAUAAGGGAUAGGACUGUACCUCCUUUGUGCAAGUCUUAAUCCACAUCCAUUCUAUUCCUCUUGAUUCCUGGUUACUUUAUGAUUUUUCUGUUUCAUUUAUCAGUUACUUUUUACUACCUUCUUUAGUUACAUUUUGUAGAUGGAUUUAGGUAAAAAUUGCCUCCCCAUAUACAUAUCCCCCUCUUUCCCUAAUUGCUCCACAAUGUCUGGGUUUAAAUAUAUACACCCAAUUCUACCUGUCAGUACCUCCAACAUUCAUCAAUAAGCAUAACUCCGAAGCAGCAAGUAAAAUAUAAAAGGCGAAAAUGCAGAGAUGAGCUUUGCAUUUGAAGUUUCUGGCUUCCUUAACUGGAACGGGGAUGCCCCAGUGAAAUUUUGCCUCCAUUAGAGAAAUGUUAUAAUCUAGAAAUAUCCCUCUGCUUUUAAAUAAGAAGACCUUGUGUCUUCUAACUCAUGGUCAACGUCCAUUAGCAUGGAGUGACAUCCGUCAACCCUGCAUCCUGGCAUUCCUGAUGACAACUCUGGAAUAAGAGUUCUCGUUUUUUACCUCUGGAGUUUGAAAUCAUCUUAAGGCAAACUCACUAUUGCUUCAAAGUAAUUAUGCCCAUUUACUCAGUCCUAUUAUUCUCCGUGGGGUGAUUGCUGUGGGGAGAGUAUUGUUAAGUUUUAUCAAUGCCUUCUGUAAGAGAAGCAUAUAGUCUCAUGGCAAAAAUAUCAAAGAUGUAGGAAAGGUUGUCGCGGUCCAGAUGGGAGAACGCAGUGUGUACAGAGGGACUGCAGAAUCACUAUUGUGAGGUUUACUCUCUAAACCUAACCUCCUGGGGCCUUCGCCAUUAUUUGCUGUGGUUGUGUGGUUGCUGCUGUGACUCCCAUGGCAGGGGUGUCAUUUCGGAUUCUCCCACGGAUAGACAAAUUGAUCCAUUCUGUGGGCAGGGAGAGAGCUUCCCAGGGAAAGUGGACGCCAUGACGAAAUGUUAAUAUCCUUUCGUGAGGUCAUAUACUUUUCCCCAGCUUUUGCUUAUGGUUUCAAAGCCUUCUGUGACUCACUCUAUGUAUUUAACUUAAUUUGUUUCUUCCUUUUUGUUUAAUGCCUUUCUUCCGUUUUUGUGAGAUUAUAUUAGUCAGUUUUCUCUAGCUAGUUCUUAGAUUCCCUUACUUCGCCUGAAUUCCCAAAUUACCCCCAGUUGGAGAGGAAAUUUGGAAGCUGUUUGUAUUAGUCUCUAGCUUCAGAGAAACCACUCAGUGGAUAAGCAACCCUCACGGAGUCUCGAUUGCCUCGUCUGUAAAAUGGAGAUGAUACCAGCGCUGACCUCAGAGAUUUCCAGGAAGAUAAUAAAAUACUGACCAGGUACCUGGUUCCUGGUCCACAGGAGCAGCUCAAUGCAUGCUCAGCCGCGUUUUCACCUACGCUCCUGUAACUUUCUGCAUCCUGGGAGGUUAGGGCAUUUUUCCUAAGAGAGUUGCUUGUUGCACCUCAAUCUUUCCAGUCUAUAAAACACUGUGAUCUGUUCCACCCAUCCCAUAAAGAGAGACACCCUGAUCAGGAACACGUUAACAGUUUGAACAUGAGUGGCGUUGGCAGCAACGUCAGCCUUUUAUGGUCCGACUGACCCCUUUUCCUUCUAGAUAUCAGAAUGACAAAUCAUCCUGUGUUGCGCCUGGGACCUUUCCUUCACCAGGCUUUGAACCCAGAUGCCUUUGGUCCCUCGGUGAUGCCCGCAUCCUGUUAGUGGCAUAUGUGAUUGAGUGCUACAGGAAUGGCAGUGCCUGUCUUUGUACUAGGCCCCCUUCCCUGAGACAUUCAUAUCCUUUUGUCAUCUGCAGCCUCCCCAGAAGAGCACAGUUGUCAUUCUUCAUUCAUAGAGCACCUUGGUGAUUUGUACCAAGACAGUUGCUGAGGAUCUGAGGAGAGAGGGGAAAAAAUCUCCUCUCUGCUUCUGGGAAAGCAUUUUUGUUAAAUAAAUCGUACUUGUUCUGGACAAAAUGACUUUUCAUGAUACGCAAACAGGAAAGCCUUGCCCUGGGUUUCAAAACAUAAGGAAGUCCCUGUCCCUUGGUUUCCUGUCAUUACUUCUAGCACAAUUGUGGACCUUGGUAUUGCAUUCAUGCUUUAGUAGAUUUGGAUCAGCAAUGGCCUUAUAUCUUAUUACAGCAAAGGAAGCGUUCAAAGUAUAAAGAGUACAAUGAAAGAAGCUCUUUCAUAAGCUAAAUAGAAGUCAUUUAAAAUGACUAGUUAUUUUAAAGUCAUAUAGUGAAAGAAUGUUUUUAGGAACAUAUUUGUUCACAUUGUAUUACGUGUCUCACAUGUGAUACAUUUAUAUAUUAACGUGUUGAAAAUCUCACAUUUUUUGCCCUUCUCAUUUGUGCCUGACACUGCGCUAUGCACGUCGAAUGCAACAUCUCAUUGUAUUCUUGGGAAACCCUAUGCAGAAAGAUCAUGGUGCCCCCACUUUACAGAUAAGAAAACUAAAGCUUGGAAAGUUAAACAAGCAAACAAAAACCACAGCUAAUAAAUGGUAGAGCUUGGAUUCCAAUCAAAGUCAGGAUGGACCCCCAAACUCAUCUUGUAAUCAGUAUGCUAUCCCACCCUGAUACGUCUUAGGGAUAUCCAGUAUGGGGCUAUGUGAAAGAAUAGUGCUUUUCUUACCUAUUUUGAGUUCUUUUCAGAGUCAUGAAGAAGCAUUUAGAAUAUAUACAUUUCCAUGGUUUUUCACUAGUCUCCUCAUUUUGAAUUUCAUUCCUUUACCCUUUUUCAUACCCCCUCAGACAAUUGAACCUCUUGCAAAAAACUCAAGCUGAGUUGCUAGUUCCUAUGGCAGCAGAGUUAGCACUGAGCUCCCAAGGUUAUGGCUUUUGUAUGAUGUUCAAACCACGGCUCUCUGAUGUGCAAAGUGCCCUCUGUUAGAACACUCCUCUACCAAAUAUCACUUCAUUUUUGUCUCCUCUCAAAUUUCACCUCAAAGAGGAUUUUCUUCAUCGCCUUUUCUAAAAUAGGGGCACACCCCUCCACCACUCUCUACUCUACCCGGUUCAAUUUUUUUUUUUUUUCUAGUGCACUUAUAGAUACUUCACAUGGUGGUACAUAUUUUCUUACUUACUGUCUGUUUUUCAUGCUACAAUGGAAACUACUUGAGGAUGAAGACCGUGUUUUGUUCCUUUCCAGAGUCUGAGCUCAAUAAAUAUUCGUGCAUAAAUGACUAGCAAACAUUUGGAAGGAUGGAGGCUUCACAAGUUGUUUAUAUAGCUGCAAGAAGACAGGGAGCUGCUCUGUUUCUUUCAGAGAAACUUCUUCUAUUGGUAGGUUGGUGAAAGUUAAACGUUAUUUGACAGGAUAUUUAGCAUAGAAAAUUGCCAGCAGGAACCCUGCUACAUGAUAAAGCUGUUCAUGUAACCUGUUUUUAGUGUCAAAAAGCCUAAAAGAUCCCAUCUAUAACCCCUCACCUCCUCCUGACGUUUCUGUCAAGUUCUGUUUUAUGAAUAAGGCUCCCCCUUCUCUCCAGUCCCUCCCAUCGUUAAAUUAUCUCUUUCUUUUUGGACUUGUUCAGACUUUGACUUUUUUCCCCCCUAGUAAUUUAUCUUAGUGAUUGGGACAUAGGGUCUCUCAGAUUCCUCCUGGGAGGGGUUCUCUGAGCCAGAGUUGGGAGAAUAUAUGUUCUGCUUAGCCCUCUCCUGAUGUCAUUUUAUUUAUUUGUGUUCAAAACAAAGUUGCUGCCUAGGGUAUCUCAGAGUUGGCCUGAAAACCAAAUUCCAUGUGGAGGAAUUAUCUUAUUGCUUUUAAUGCUUCUAAGCAACUCUCCAUUUUCUUUUGCAGAAAUAUUCUGCUGUCUCCUCUCCUUCCUCUUCUACCACCCGAUUCAUUUUUCAAAUACAUUCACCCUUUGCACUGGGUUGUUCUCUGUCAUCUCUCCAUUUCUUCUUUUGACUUAAAAAAUGCCAUUAUUUUUCAUGAGUAAAAGUCCAGCGAAUCCAGAUGUGUUUAGUUUAUUUGGAAGUUUGAUACAUAUUCUCUUGAGAAAGUUAAAAAGCGAAAAGGAAACGUUGCUUCUGAAAAGGUCUCAUUUUAAUGGCCCAAAGGAACCUCCUUACGGACUUGCUGACUUGGGCUGGGCUACAAGGCCAGUUCUGCCAUUGUUGUUGCCUUUGCUCUCAUGAAUGACUACACUUUGUAACUCAGCUUUUUUUUCUUUUGCUACUAUUUAAGAAUUUGAUAUCUUUACCACUUACGAGUCCUUUUGUAGCUGUUUGCCCUUGGGCAAGUUACUUAACCCCUCUGAGCUUCUAUUUCCUUCGGUAAUAAAAUAUCUUCCUUGCAGUGUUUCUGUGGGUUUAUAUAUCUUUUAUACAGACACACUUAAGGACCUCUUGUACACUGUCUCACUCAUUGCAGGCUGCUCAUUGUGGUAGUUUUAGAGGAAGCAGUGGAGUUUUAGAGGUAGUUUUAGAGGUAGCUGGUGGUAGAUAAAGCAUCCCUAAUACAAAAUUUCAAAAUCUGUAGUAUUCCCAUGAGCAUUUCCUUUGAGUAUCAUUUUGACAUCCCAAAAGUUUGAGAUUUUGGAGCAUUUCAAGUUUUCAGAUUAGAGAUGUUGAACUGGUAUAAUGCAGAUAUUCCAUAAUCUGCAAAAAUGUGAAAUUGAAAACACCUCUGGUCCCAAGUAUUUUGGGUAAGGGAUACACAACCUGUAGUACCUGUGAGAGUAUUAGCUGUACUUCAAACCCUGGAUUGUAUAUACAUAUAUGCACACAUAAUUUUUGUAGGUUGACUACAAACUUCUGUGAGUUUUGUUUGGAUGGUGGAAAAAGAAUGACUUUGACUGUUUUCUAAUGAACGGAAGAGUUGAAGUAUAGAAUGAAAUGAAUAUAAAGGGGCUUGAUUUUAGGGAUUCAACUUAGCAAAUAAAUAUUGUGCCUCUUGGUACAUGGAACUGAGCUGAACAUUACGGAGGUACAAAAGCGACAUAACAUGGGCUGCUUCUUUAGUGAUAGCAACCCUCCAUUUGUGAGCAAAAUCUAUUUGUACUUCACAUUUACAGAUUCUUUUAGCAACAUGAGAGUGGGAUUUUGUAUGGACUUGUUAGUCAUGAUUGAAUUUUUCACCAGUCUUUGUGACUUCUGUGGACGCAAAAAGCUUUCUUUAGUCUUCAGUUCCUUUUUAUUUUACUGUGCUUAAUAAAUCAGCUUCUUCUGUUUUACUCACUGACACAUUUAAGAUUUAGUUUCUGCCCUUCUCCCCCAUAGCUGUGUCUGAAACAGCUUUCUUGGCACAAUUCUAGUUCAAAUCAAAAUCAACACCAGAAACAAAUUCAACCUAACAGACAGUAAAAUCAUUUCAUGUUUCAAAAAUAUCUGUUCAGUUGCUCUUUUAACAGAUAUGAGACAAUAUGGCACCUUCAAAGUAAAAUAGAUCAGUAGAUAUCAAGGAGAGAGAAACGCUUGACUGUGGGGUUGCUGUAAAAGCUUGUCACUUAUGGCCAAAGUCAGUCUGAACUGAGAUUCCCUGGAGAAUUACAUCAAUAGGCUAAAACCAAAUGUCCAAUCAGAACAAGUAAUGAAAUGUGAAAUAUUAGGAAAUAAUUGCUUAAGGUGAGAAAAAGUGAUGGGUCAUCUUAGUGGAGGCUGUCUAAACCUGAACAAUAUCCACCGCUUCUCACCAAAGGAAGAUGACAUCCCUAACAUAGUGGAGUCCAAAAAACCAUCUGCUACUGAUCCUGAGAGAUACUGAAAAUCUAAUUUGCUGAUCAGGACAGCUUUGAUCUGGCUCAGGGCCUGGUGUCCUUUCCAGUUUCCAUCACUCUGAUGGGCACAAAUGAUAUUUUCUCGAGCAAUCUGAGAAGUUCUUUGGAGAAAAAAUUCUGUUUCUGAUUUGUGUAGUGAAUUUGGGGGAAUCUGGAGCAUACAAGAUGUGCCAUCAGGAUUGAGACCAAAUUCUGAGACAUUCUUUAAAAUGGAAUCUAAAGUGAAAGUGCUUGCAUGUAGAAUCUUUGCGCUCCCUGCCCCAUGUCGUGGGCCAACUGUUGAAUGCAACUUGCCUUUAAAUUACACUGUCAGGUCCUAUAUACAUGUGUUGUGAUUAAUGGGGAUAUUCCAUGUGGUUCCAGUUUUCAUAGUGUCAUUUUUCUUUAAGAUUGCCUGCUCUUUGGUGGUCUUUGCCUUUUAUUUCUGAAGAUAGACACAAAAACUCCAAUACUGUGGCUUCUCUUAAUGACGAAAACCCUGCCUUAGAUCUUUCCAGCAAUGUACACCUAAAUAUUGCUCCCUCUGAUAGUAACGUCCUCAUGAAAUGACCCAGCUGGAACUUCCAUUUCAAGCAGGAUGAGAAGGGAGCGGGGGAUGUUUUUGUUUCUUUUUUCCCCAUUCCUUUUAACUACUCCUUUCCAUCACCUUUCUCCUCCACCCCAUCCAGCCCUAGCCACCAGUCUCAAGUUUCAUUUCAAGUGGUUGAAAAAAAUUAUAACACAAUGAGGAUUUGGAAUUACACAGACUUGCCUGCAUUAAUAGCAUUUAACACUUCAUUUGUGUUUAUAUAUAAAUGUACUAAGUGACUUUAUAUUAAAGUAUAUGUUGUAUGCAUAGAUACCUGGUCACUAUACAGACGAAGCAUAUUCCUAUUGCAAAUGCAAGAUCAUAAAAUUUUGAUUGUUCACAUUUGAGGUUGGCUGAAGGUGGUUAUUUAUUAGACUCAAAUGCUGCACACACUUGGAGUGUUUAUUCUGGAUUUGUUUCUGUGCAUUGAAAGUGUCUAGUGCAGCUGAAGAAUAAGCAAGGAGAGCCAAGCGGGGAAAUAUCAUGAAAAGUCUUGAAUCCAGGCACAAAUCAUUGAAAAAAAAAGUAAAACUUGAACAAAGGAAUGUGACCAUGGGGUGAGGUAAAAUAGGAAGAAUGCAGGCAAGGCCGUCUCAACAACAGCAGAUCCGGACACCUGGAAACAGGCUACUUCUGGGGUGUUCAUGCAUUGACUUACGGACCAGGGCUUUGGAAAAUCAGGCUGCAAAUUCACCCAUAAUUUCAAAUGAGGCAGCAAUUCCUUUUCACAAUCCAGCAAUUCCUCUUCUGGAAUUAACGAUUUGAAGGAACUCAAAACAGGGUCUCAGAGAGAUUACUGCUCCCCCAUGUGCGUUUUCAGCCUUCUUCACAGUAGCUGAGAGGUAGACGCCACCCAUGUGUCCAUCAACAGAUGAAUGGAUAAAGAAAACGUGGCAUCAUGGAAUAUAUUCAGCCUUAUAAAGUAAGGAAAUCCUGUCAUAUGGUACAAUAUUGAUAAACCUUCAGGACAUUAUGCUACAUGAGAUAAUCCUAUUAUGAAAAGACUAAUACUGGAUGAUUCCACUUACAUGAGGUAUGUAGAGGAAUCAAACACAUAGCAGUAGAAACAAGAAUGGUGGUUGCCAGGAGGUAAGGGGAGGGAGAAUAGGAAAUUGUUCAGUGGGUACAGAGUUUGACUUCUGCAAGAUGAAAAAACCUAGUGAUAUUGUACAAGCUUGUACAUAUGGUUAACAACAUUGUACUGUACACAUAAAAAUUGUUCAGAGGGUAGAUUUAUGUUAUAUGCUUUUUAACACAGUAAAAGAAUACCUUUUAAACUCAACAAUGAAAAACCCGAUUUCUUAACAUAGAAGUGGGUAGGGCCCUGUUUACCCAAACAUCCUGCAAGCAUCAGAUGUCGAGGUUCAGUAGAUGGCUUCAGGGUUUUGCACACCAUUCAUUCAUUCAGGAACGCACAGUGAAAGGUUUGACUCCUUCCCCACCACCAUAUCUAUGGAAUUCUAUAGAUCUUUGUUCGUUCUUUCACUCCUUUUAUAUCAGUACCCACAUCCAUCUAGUACAGGUAAUCUGAUAACAUUAGCAUUGUCAAAAGGAACGAAGAAAGGAUAUUAAGAACUUACGGUCUCAUGUGAAACUAAAUCAGCCAGAAUGCCUAUCUAGAUCCAUGAGAGGUCAUAAAAGAGUCUACUCAGACAUCUUCGUGUGACCUAGAAUAAACUUCUAAGUGAGACUCUAUCUCUAAGGAGCUAUAAAGCACUUUGUUCUUGUGAAGAUCAAAUUUCUUUCCAAACCAAAUUUAACUGAUUUUCACACUCCUCUUGAAAGAAGCACUUUGAAGGAGAGGGCUUUGUUUUCAGCUGCCUGGAUCCCCCUUCACCUUUCUGCUGACCUUUAUCUGUAAUAUAUGGUAAUAUACUUGCCUUGAUGCCAAAGACAGAUACUAAUAGUCUUCCAGUAACUUCAAUGAGACCACUAACUCCUCUCACAGCCCUCUAUACUCCCCCAGAGGUGAUAAUGUCCCCAAGAGGUCAAAAAAUGGAUUCUUGUCCAAGAGAGAGGAUUUUUAAAAUCUUAGAGCUAUUACAGUGGUUUCUAGAAUCUUAUUCCAUAGUAUUUAAGUAGAAUUUAAAUUUAAUGUAUUUUUUUCCAUAGUGAGAAAAUAAUGAAACAAAGGUUGAGAAACAUUGCCUUUGCUGGAUGAUAAUAUUAUUCCGUCACAGCUGAAGUGAACUGGAUUUAAGCCAAGAGGAUAAAAAUGACUUAGUUCUCACAUUUUGAUUAAAAAAUAAAAUGGAGAAAUAACUAAUUUUCUCUAAUAUACAAGCUUACACUUAGUGCUGUAAUUGCAUAUCAAGUACACUGGCUUCAGCCUUAUUUUUAGUAUCCAUGUUAUGUCUUUGAGGAAGUCUUGGUUCAUCCAUGCAACGUUUCUAUUGAUUCUAGAAACAGGUCCACAACCAAAGGUUCUUUCUAUGGCAGAGCAUACUUUUGGCUUGAAAUCUGUGGUUCCCCAAGGUAACAGUUCUGGGCUGCAGGGACUGUGUACUUUUAUUCUGUAUGUUGCCAAUGCCUGCUCAGUGUCUGGAUUUGAUACAAUGUGUUUGAUUAUUUUAAAAUGUUGGGGCAAGGAAAGAACUUCAGUUUUAACCAGAACUGGCACUAGGGAGAAGCAAGCAAGAUGCUUACAGAGCAGAAUUUAAAGAGGUAUUUGCACAGUCUUUAUAUUUUCAUCCAUAGGCUCAUCCUGGUUUUCACCCUGGUUUUAACAGAAAUGGAGUUCAGUUUCCAAACCCUUCCCUUUUCAGAGUUGAUCUACGCAGGCAAUUCUCUGGAAGUGAUAUGAUUUACAGGCGUGUAGGAACAAGGAAUUUAAAACAAGUAUUUAACAUAUACCCCCAUUCUAUUUUUAUCACUACAGAUCUGAGGCAGCGUUGCACGGACAACCACACUGGGACGUCGGCCUCAGCCCCCAUGGCUGCAGGCAUCAUUGCACUGGCCCUGGAAGCCAAUCCGUUUCUGACCUGGAGAGACGUACAGCAUGUUAUUGUCAGGACUUCCCGUGCGGGACAUUUGAACGCUAAUGACUGGAAAACCAAUGCUGCUGGUUUUAAGGUGAGCCAUCUAUAUGGAUUUGGACUGAUGGAUGCAGAAGCCAUGGUGAUGGAGGCAGAGAAGUGGACCACCGUUCCCCGGCAGCACGUGUGUGUGGAGAGCACAGACCGACAAAUCAAGACAAUCCGCCCUAACAGUGCAGUGCGCUCCAUCUACAAAGCUUCGGGCUGCUCGGAUAACCCCAACCGCCAUGUCAACUACCUGGAGCAUGUCGUUGUGCGCAUCACCAUCACCCACCCCAGGAGAGGAGACCUGGCCAUCUACCUGACCUCGCCCUCGGGAACUAGGUCUCAGCUUUUGGCCAACAGGCUAUUUGAUCACUCCAUGGAAGGAUUUAAAAACUGGGAGUUCAUGACCAUUCAUUGCUGGGGGGAAAGAGCUGCUGGUGACUGGGUCCUUGAAGUUUAUGAUACUCCCUCUCAGCUAAGGAACUUUAAGACUCCAGGUAAAUUGAAAGAAUGGUCUUUGGUCCUCUAUGGCACCUCCGUGCAGCCAUAUUCACCAACCAAUGAGUUUCCUAAAGUGGAACGGUUCCGCUAUAGCCGAGUUGAAGACCCCACAGAUGACUAUGGCACAGAGGAUUAUGCAGGUCCCUGCGACCCUGAGUGCAGUGAGGUUGGCUGUGACGGGCCAGGACCAGACCACUGCAAUGACUGUUUGCACUACUACUACAAGCUGAAAAACAAUACCAGGAUCUGUGUCUCCAGCUGCCCGCCUGGCCACUACCACGCCGACAAGAAGCGCUGCAGGAAGUGUGCUCCCAACUGUGAGUCCUGCUUUGGGAGCCAUGGUGACCAGUGCCUGUCCUGCAAAUAUGGAUACUUUCUGAAUGAAGAAAGCAACAGCUGUGUUACUCACUGCCCCAAUGGGUCCUAUCAGGAUACCAAAAAAAAUCUUUGCCGGAAAUGCAGUGAAAACUGCAAGACAUGUACUGAAUUCCAUAACUGUACAGAAUGUAGGGAUGGGUUAAGCCUGCAGGGAUCCCGGUGUUCUGUCUCCUGUGAAGACGGACAGUACUUCAAUGGCCAGGACUGCCAGCCCUGCCACCGCUUCUGCGCCACUUGUGCUGGGGCAGGAGCUGAUGGGUGCAUUAACUGCACAGAGGGCUACUUCAUGGAGGAUGGGAGAUGCGUGCAGAGCUGUAGUAUCAGCUAUUACUUUGACCACUCUUCAGAGAAUGGAUACAAAUCCUGCAAAAAAUGUGAUACCAGUUGUUUGACGUGCAAUGGCCCAGGAUUCAAGAACUGUACAAGCUGCCCCAGUGGGUAUCUCUUAGACUUAGGAAUGUGUCAAAUGGGAGCCAUUUGCAAGGAUGUAUCUACAGAUGUACAACUCUUCUGCCAGACAGUUCUGCAGGCCACGGACAGGAUGGCCCCUCUGAAGGAAUGUGCAGGAGAAUACGUUGAUGACCAUGGCCACUGUCAGACCUGUGAGGCCUCAUGUGCCAAGUGCCGGGGACCAACCCAGGAAGACUGCACUACCUGCCCCAUGACAAGGAUUCUUGAUGAUGGCCGCUGUGUUUCCAACUGUCCCUCACGGAAAUUUGAAUUUGAGAACCAAUGCCAUCCAUGCCACCACACCUGCCAGAGAUGCCAAGGAAGCGGCCCUACCCACUGCACCUCCUGUGAAGCAGACAACUAUGGCCGAGAGUACUUCCUAUACCAGGGAGAGUGUCGAGAGAGCUGCCCAGAGGGCCACUAUGCCACUGAAGGGAAUACCUGCCUGCCCUGCCCAGACAACUGUGAGCUUUGCCACAACAUGCACAUCUGCACAAGAUGCACAAGGGGCUACUUCAUAGCGCCCACCAACCACACGUGCCAGAAGUUGGAGUGUGGACAAGGUGAAGUUCAAGACCCAGACUAUGAAGAAUGUGUCCCUUGUGAAGAAGGAUGUCUGGGAUGCAGCUUGGAUGAUCCAGGAACGUGCACAUCUUGCGCUAUGGGGUAUUACAGGUUUGAUCAGCAUUGUUAUAAAACCUGUCCUGAGAAGACCUACAGUGAGGAACUGGAAUGCAAGGCAUGCGAUAGUAACUGUGGCAGCUGUGACCAGAAUGGGUGUUACUGGUGUGAAGAGGGCUUCUUUCUCUUGGGUGGCAGUUGUGUGAGGAAAUGUGGCCCUGGAUUCUAUGGUGACCAAGAAACGGGAGAAUGUGAGCCCUGCCACCGAGAGUGUGAAACCUGCACAGGCCCUGGUCAUGACGAGUGCAGCAGCUGCCAGGAAGGACUGCAGCCGCUGCGUGGGGUGUGCGUGCGUGCCACCCAGACCCAGGAGGAGGGCAAAUUCUGGAAUGAAGCUGUGCCCAUUGCAAACCUAUCUGUGGUGAAGAGCCUGCUGCAAGAGCGACGAAGGUGGAAAGUUCAAAUCAAAAGAGAUACUUUGAGAAAAUCCCAGCCUUGUCAUUCUUCUUGUAAAACCUGCAAUGGAUCUGCAACUCUGUGCACUUCAUGUCCCAAAGGUGCAUAUCUUCUGGCUCAGGCCUGUGUUUCCUCCUGUCCCCAAGGCACAUGGCCUUCCGUAAGGAGCAGGAGCUGCGAGAACUGUUCGGAGGCCUGUGCCGUCUGCUCUGGAGCCGAUCUUUGCAAAAAGUGCCGGAUGCAGCUGGGCCUCCCUCUCUUCCUCCAUGAAGGCAGGUGCUACUCCAAGUGCCCGGAGGGCUCUUACGCAGAAGAUGGCGUAUGUGAACGUUGUAGCUCUCCUUGCAGAACGUGUGAAGGAAACACCACCAACUGCCAUUCUUGUGAAGGAGGCCUCGUCCUGCACCACGGAGUGUGCCAGGAAACCUGCCCCGAGAGGCACGUGGCUGUGGAGGGGGUGUGCAAGCAUUGUCCAGAGAUGUGUCAGGACUGCAUCCAUGAGAAAACAUGCAAAGAGUGCAUGCCUGAGUUCUUCCUGCAUGAUGAUAUGUGCCACCAGUCCUGUCCCCGUGGCUUCUACUCAGACUCGCGCCACUGUGUCCCCUGCCAUAAAGACUGUCUGGAGUGCAGUGGCCCCAAAGUUGACGACUGCGAGCUCUGUCGUGAGAGUUCCUGGGUCCUCUAUGAUGGGCUGUGCUUGGAGGAGUGUCCAGCAGGAACCUAUUAUGAAAAAGAGACUAACGAGUGCAGAGAUUGUCACAAGUCCUGCUUGACCUGCUCAUCGUCUGGGACCUGCACCGCCUGUCAGAAAGGCCUGAGGAUGUACCCUCAUGGGAGCUGCCUGGCCAACAAGAAAUGUGCCCCCUCCGAGUACUGGGAUGAGGAUGCUCCCGGGUGCAAGCCCUGCCACACUAAGUGCUUCCACUGCACGGGGCCGGCGGAGGACCAGUGUCAAACAUGCCCCGGGGUCAGCCUCCUUCUCAACACAACCUGUGUGAAGGACUGCCCAGAGGGCUAUUAUGCUGAUGAGGACAGCCACCAGUGUGCCCGCUGCCACAGCUCUUGCAGGACAUGUGAAGGGAGACACAGCAGGCAGUGCCACUCCUGCCGACCAGGCUGGUUCCAGCUGGGAAAAGAGUGCCUGCUCCAGUGCAGGGAAGGGUAUUACGCAGACAACUCCACCGGCCGGUGUGAGAGGUGCCACAGGAUCUGCAAGGGGUGCCGGGGCCCACGGCCCACAGACUGCCUGUCUUGCGAUAGAUUUUUCUUUCUGCUCCGCUCCAAAGGAGAGUGUCAUCCCUCCUGCCCAGACCAUUACUAUGUAGAGCAAAGCACACAGACCUGUGAGAGAUGCCAUCCGACUUGUGAUCAAUGCAAAGGAAAAGGAGCGUUGAAUUGCUUAUCCUGUGUGUGGAGUUACCACCUCAUGGGAGGGAUCUGCACCUCGGACUGUCUUGUUGGGGAAUACAGAGUGGGAGAGGGAGAGAAGUUUAACUGUGAAAAAUGCCACGAGAGCUGCAUGGAAUGCAAGGGACCAGGGGCCAAGAACUGCACCUUGUGCCCCGCCAACCUGGUGCUGCACGUGGACGACAGCCGCUGCCUCCACUGCUGCAACACCUCCGAUCCCACCAGUGCCCAGGAGUGCUGUGACUGCCAGGACACCACGGAAGAGUGCAUCCUUCGAACAAGCAAGGUUAGGCCUGCAGCUGAGCCCUUCAAGACAGCUCUAUUCAUCACCUCCUCCGUGAUGCUGGCGCUUCUGCUCGGGGCAGCUGUGGUCGUGUGGAAGAAAUCUCGCGGCCGAGUCCAGCCAGCAGCAAAGGCCGGCUAUGAAAAGCUGGCCGACCCCAACAAGUCUUACUCCUCCUAUAAGAGCAGCUAUGGAGAGAGCACCAGCUUUGAAGAGGAUCAGGUGAUUGAGUACAGGGAUCGGGACUAUGAUGAGGAUGACGAUGAUGACAUCGUCUACAUGGGCCAGGAUGGCACAGUCUACCGGAAAUUUAAGUAUGGGCUGCUGGAUGACGAUGACGAAGAUGAGCUGGAAUACGAUGACGAGAGUUACUCCUACUACCAGUAAACAGGCACCCCCCCACCACCACCAUUCCACUCUCAGGCAUGCCUGUGAGCAUCGCUGUUUUUGGUUUUAUCCCCACACCAGGCUGAUGUGUGAGUGUUUCUAUUUGUCUUCUUUAACCAUGAAUCCAACCAGAAUAUGUGAGAAUGAUGAAAUACUUUGUUCUUUUGAGUGGCUAAACUCAAUUAACAGUUCCUGUUCAACCGUAAUUGAAGAGCAAGCAUAAAAUUCAGAGGAAUUUUCCUCAAAAUACUGUGUCAAGACACAAAAAUGCAGGAAGUGAAAACAAAUGAGAUUUGUACAAAUUCUUCUAUGUGAUUGAAAAAAAAAAAAAAAAAGGACAGUAGAUCUACAGAAAUUCUGCUUCCAAGCUGCGUUGUGGAGAUGUCUGCUGCCUCCUGGUAUUCUAACUUUUCUUUAUCUAAUUUUGGGGAUAAUGGAGGUACAAAGGAGUUGUUGGUUUGGUGGUGUUUUUCUCCCCUUUAGCUGUCUUCAGGCAGAAAUUUGUUUUGUAAGGGCCAAGAAAAGAGGGCUCUUAUCAAUUGACUCCAGGCCACCCCUGGUGAGCAGAAGAGACCACCUGGGCUGGGCUGCUCAGGACCUACUUGAGAUAAGGGAAGAAAAGAGAAAGUGCAUCAUAGCUGAGGAGCCAUGAGGUCCCCAGGCCCUAGUUCCUCCGCAGGAAUCCACAGUCACAACGAUUCUAAAGGCAGAACAAGCCCAGUGAAAAAGAAAUCACUGAGUUUUCAGUAACUGCACCCUCAUGAUUUUCCGGGUACUUUUCGCCUGGGAGUCGCCUGGGAUGUCAUCAGCUAAGACAUCAAAUAAUAAAAGAAAAAUGGCAGUGUGAACCUAACAUAAAAUGGAAUAAAAUGACAAACACUUCAUCUACUCUAAAAAAUUCAGAGCUUUCCUUCGUCAACAACCCAUCACAAAACCGUGGGCUCUCCAUAGAAAGAGUUGGAAUAGAGUCUAACGUGGAAAAAAAAAAAUCCCAAUAUGCUGCUCACAAGCUGUACUCUGGCUGCUGACCAGCCUUCCAGCACCGCUCAUCACUAUGAUUUUUGUUUCUAGACUUCCUAGGCUUCCCUUUUUCCAUUCUUCUGUCAAGUGUGUUCUUGGAUUCAUGUACCUGAGGACAGUUUUUCUCCAGAUUAUAACACAGAGAGGGGCUCUGGCUAUGCAAAAUGAUGUUGGCACGGUCUUACAGAUUUCCUUGUCAAAGCAGACCUUACAGGCAGUACUAGGAAUGGAGCACCAGAAAGCAAAAGUGACAUUUUCAGAGAAUGAUGAUAAUUAUAAUCUAUUGCACACCUACUACCAGAUAACAAGCUAAGUAACUCCCCCCAAAAAAUGCUCCACUUACCCAUUUUGGUACUUACCAUACUCCCAUGAGGUUGGUAUGGUUAUUAUUCUGUUCUUGUAGGAAACCUAAGGCUUACUAGAGGUUAGAUAACUAGCCCAAGGUCAUGCAAAGCUCAUCAAGAUUCAAGAAAAAAGAAUGACCACCCUAAAGCAUGUGUUCUUGUAACUAUGCUACUGACAUAAGGUGGGAAAAUAAGCAUCCUAAAUAUAAAGGCAAGCCUAUUAUUUUAGUCUAUAAUAUCAAUUUUAUCUUUACUAAAUUCAUGUAUUUUCUUUUUUUAACAUAAUGUAUGACUGACACAGAAAAUCUUUAUGAAGAAGUCUUCAUUUUACUAAAGGCUUGUGUUUCUUUAGAGGAAAGCUCUUAAAACAGGGCUGACAAACAGUCUCUGGAAAGAGGCAGCUAGUAAGUACAUUAGGCUUUCUUGGCCAGAAAGUCUUGUCAUAACCACUCAGCUUUGCUAUUGUAGCAUGAAUGCAGCUGGUACAUAAUGGAUGAGUGAACUGUGCUUCAAUAAAACCUUAUUUAUGGACACUGAAAUUGGAAUUUCAGAUAAUUUUAUUCUUCUUUUGAUUUUUUUCAACCUUUUAAAAAUUUAAAAAUGCAAAAACUGUUCUUAAUUAGCAGCAUUACAAGAACAGGUGGUGGGUCGGAUUUGGCCAACAGGCUAUACUUUGCUGACUUUAUCUUUAAAACACUUUUCAGAGAUCAUACACGUACAUGUAUGAUAUGCCUUCAAAAUUUUUGAUCAUUUAAAAUUAUCUCCUUGGCCAGGCAUGGUGGCUCAUACCCGUAAUCCCAGAACUUUUGGAGACUG